UAAGAGUCAUAUGAUCGAAAGAAUAUAUACCAAGAAUAUAUACCAUAACAAUUUUCUCGGUCGUAAGGUCGACACAUAGGUAUGCGACCUAAUACUAAUUAUAAAUUCCACAUAACUCCUAAUGGCUGCCAACUCAUCAGAAUGUUGACAAACGAGCAAUUCGUCUUAUAAUAUUUUUAGAAAAAUAUCGAUUUAUUUUCAACUAUUUAAAAGAAAAUUGUUUAUUCUUAUCGUCGAAUAAAAGUAAACCACGAUGAAUAAUACGAGCAUCGGAAUAAUUCUUCUAAUUUUAAUGGUAACUAAUGUCAACUGUAUCAGCUGGUAUUUGGAACCAAAUACUCACAAGUGUUUAAAAGAAGAUGUUCAAGCAAAUGUACUGGUUACGGGAGAAUACGAUGUUUCCGAAGCAAUGGGUCAAAAAGUUGAUUACGUGAUCAAAGAUACCAAAGGACAUAUACUUUCUCAGAAAGAAGAUAUUCCACAUGCAAAAUUAUUAAAGUUUUCAUUUAUCACCGAAACAGCGGAUACCUUCGAAGUUUGUUUCAUUUCACAUGUGCCAAGUCAUCAACGUGGUAUGAAACAAGAAAUUACGCUUGUUACAAAACGUGGUAUUGAAACAAAAAAUUAUGAAGGUAUUGCAGAAGCAGCCAAAUUGAAACCUGUGGAAGUAGAAUUAAAACGCUUGGAAGAUUUAUCCGAAGUUAUAGUACAAGAUUUUGCACGAAUGCGUAAGAAUGAAGAGGAAAUGAGGGAUACUAAUGAGACAACCAAUGCUCGUGUGUUGUAUUUCAGUAUAUUUUCUAUAUGUUGUCUUUUAGGACUCUCUACUUUGCAAGUGUUUUAUUUAAGACGUUUUUUCAGAGCAAAAAAACUGAUAGAGUAGAAAAUGUAUUCUUUCCAUUCAGAAUAUAUCGAACGAUAUGUCGCAAUUUCGCAUGAAAUUACAUUUGGAAAGAUCAAAUAACUUUUUUAAUAAUCGAAUUGUAUCAAAAAUACGUGAAUAUGUCAUGCGUAUCGUUAAGAUUGUUGUACAAAGUAAUAUCUAAUCAUCUCAAUCCAUUGCAAGUUUUCUAUUCUCGAUUGUAUAACUCUGAUUAAAGACAUAUUGAAUUUGUCAAGUGACAAAUGUAUUAAUCUAAUUACUAAUUUAGCCGGUAUUUAACGCGAUAAUUGCUUACAAUAUAUAUACAUAUAUAUAUGUAUAUAUUGUUUUCGUUUUUGUUAUCUUCAAAUUAUUUUUUUAAACCAUUGCGUUGCGAAUUCAAUAUCCAUUUGAUUUGUUCAAUUCGACUCAAACAUAUAUAUAAAUGUAAUAAAUCAUUCAAUAAAUGAUACACGAUUUGAAAAUA